GAUCAAUGGAAAGAGCCGAAGACGUCGGCUCUGUCAUGUGAUCAGCUGUGUCCAAUCACAGCUGAUCGUAUGGCACUAAAGAUCAGUGUGCCCUGAUGAUCAAUGUAACCCCAUCAGUGCCACUUGUCAGUGUCCAUCAAUGCCAGCUGUCAGUGCUCAUCAAUGCCAGUGCCCAUUAGUGCCACAUCAAUGCCACAUAUCAGUGCCUACCAGUGCACAUCAAUGCCACAUAGCAGUGCCCAUCUGAGAUGCCUUUCAGUGCCACCUAUCAGUGCCAGUCAGUGCCACCUAUCAAUGCCAGUCAGUGCCACCUAUCAAUGCUGCCAAUCAGUGCCACCU